UAUUUUGAGAAUGAUUUGUUCUUUACCUGAUGAUGGGUAUAGAUGAUGUAAAUCAAUUGAAUGUGUAAUGCUUAAUUUUAUGGAUAAUUUUGAAUAAUUCGGCUUAAUUUUCAAACUAAAAGUAGAGGGAAGUGAAAAUUAUAUAAGAUACCAUAUCAUGAAUGCAUAACCAGUUAACAUGUCUGCUACAAAAGUUUGGAGAUUGGUAAUACAACACCUACAAGAGUUUGUGUCGUGCAUUAAAGGGUCGUCGACGUUGAACAACAAAAAACGAAAUCGCGGUAUUUUUAGCUCAUUUCUCUGUUGCUUUGGCAACAAGAACCACCACUCGUCAUCAAGUGCCUACCAAGCGCCCAUCGCUGUCGAGGAAAAUGGCAAUCCUAGGGGCAUCACACAUAAUUCCAAUGAAAAGUAUCUGUUACCCGCUGUACGUCCCCAGGAUUCCACCAAGAAGUGUGUUGUGAUAGAUUUAGAUGAAACCCUUGUACAUAGUUCCUUCAAGCCAAUCAGCAAUGCUGACUUUAUAGUUCCUGUAGAGAUAGACGGCACUGUACACCAGGUGUACGUAUUGAAGCGACCGUUUGUCGACGAAUUUCUUAAAAAAAUGGGCGAACUCUUUGAAUGUGUCUUGUUCACUGCUAGUCUUGCAAAAUAUGCUGACCCAGUUGCUGACCUACUGGAUAAAUGGGGCGUGUUUCGAGCGCGACUGUUCAGGGAGUCAUGUGUCUUUCAUCGGGGAAACUAUGUCAAAGACUUGAGUAGACUUGGUCGGGAACUAAGUCAAGUGAUUAUCAUUGAUAACUCGCCAGCCUCCUAUAUCUUCCAUCCAGAUAAUGCUGUACCGUGUCAGUCGUGGUUCGAUGACAUGCAGGACACAGAGUUACUGGACUUGAUACCGUUUUUCGAGGGUCUCGCCAAAGUGGACGAUGUGUAUUCUGUGCUACGAAACACUAGCAGUACUGACUCCUCCUAGUAUAUAGUGGAUUGUAACCUACGGGUAUAGUGUAGUGGUGUGUAGCCUUAAUGACAUCGAGGUCAGUCGAGGAUUAUUAAGUGGGAAGUUGACCAUCGUUUUUAACUGGAACACCCCAUAUUGACGGAGUUAUUCCUCGGAUCUUAUUGGAUCAUUUAUAUAUGUCACCUGUCACCAUAUAAUAACACAUCUGCGUUGUUGCUGAUAGUAAUUAACAGAUUGCUAUGUUUCUAAAUAAGAACAAAAGCUGAAUUGUGAACUGAAAUUUGAUUUUUCAUGUUCUUAUUCAUUUGUCAUUUUUGUGGAAAAUGUAGGGAAAAUUCUACAAUAAUUAUUUUAUUGAUAUCGGCCGUUUUAUGUUUGUUAGAAGAAAAAUAUCUUGAAGAAGACAGAGUUGAUUUAACUUGCCUUGCAGGCUACACUGGAAUAAGGCGAAGCUAAUAAAGAACUCGGCUUGUCUAAGAGGACAGGGCAGUUCUGGUUAUUAGCAUCGUUAGCUUGGAAAACAGACUGCAACUUCGGUAGAAAUUGUGGUUGAUGUCUUGUUGAAAGCAGGUUAUUUGCUGCGAUGUAUGUAAAAAUAAGUAAAAUUGAUUAGGAAGUAGUAGAAUGCAGUUUCAGAUUUUUAUUGUCUGACUUGUUAUUGUUACAACAAACAAAUUAUAAAAGAGUGUAAAUUGCACAUCUUUCAGCAAAAUAUCAUAAUAAAAUUUUAAAAGAAAAGAGACAACUAUGGAGAUUUGUUAAAGUAGAAUAAAACAAAAAAUACAAUAAUGAGUUUAUGCAUGUGCAUGCAAAGACAUGCAAUACAUACAGAUUAUUCAUAUAUGUAUUAUAUUUACAUUUGCUUUGAGACAUUUUCUUUGAAUUUAAAUGAGCUUAUAUGUGCAUGUAUAUCAAUCGUUACAACAUGGCCCAUGUUCACCUACCAAUUCUUAGACUUUAAAAGGAUUUAUAAGAAUAAAGAUUAUUAAUUAAACUGGAAUGCUCUAAAUUUUCUCCAUUGUGGAGUUUUACUUGGCGCUUUGACAUAAAAUCCUUUGAUAACCUGCAUCUUUGUGUUUUGGAUUUGAAAAAUGGAAGCGUUUUUACCCAUAUUCGGAAAUUAUUGUUGUUAGUUGUUUUGGUAACAAAUUCUUCAAAAUUGAGUAUAUUAGUGUUUUCAGCAUUAUGUUCACUAAGGUUUUACUUAUAGAGCUGGAUGGGAGGUUAACUCAUUGUUAACUAUUCUAACAACAAUAAUAUUUUUGUUUGAGGGGGGCGGAUGAGUACCUUCUAUUCUGAAAAUGUUUAGGUUCUAUUAUGGGAAAAAUUUACACUUUUUUCAAUUGAGGAAAUGUUAAGAUAAACAAUAACUGAACUGUGAAUUAAGAUUUCUUGAUUUUAAGUCUAUUCUUUAUACUUAACCCAUUUAUGCCUAGCGUCUAGACUAAAGGUCUGGCAAACGGCGUAGAUGAGGGUCUGCGCUGUUUGCUUAAAGGAAUUUCUGUAAGAAAUAUUCUAAAUGUAGAAAUAAAUAUACUAGACAUCCCUAAUUUUGGAAAUAAAUUGAUCAUAUUCAGAAGGAUGGCAGAGUUCACUAGGCAUAAAUGGGUUAAGUCUAAGAAUGGGUUGAUGACUACGGGCUUCAGUGAUCGUUUGAGGCUAUGUACAGCUCACCUGUCGUGUGUUUGACAUCUUACAUGCUGUCACUUAUAAAACCGCAUUUUACACGUAUGCAAAGUCUAUGAGACUGUUGCGUCAUGCGAUGUAACUUACUGUUACACAUAUGCUCAAUAACGUAUUAACGGUCAAAUUUCAUGAAACUUUUUGUUGUAAUUUAAAUUAAAAGUGCACCUAAAAAGAAGAAAUUCUGUUAAAAAAUGGCGAAAAAAUCCAACAAGCUCAGACACAAAGAAAUCUAGAUAUGCGAAUCUAUUUCUUCUGUACUUCUGCCAAUUCACAUGAAGUAGAGUGAAAUUUUACAAAGUAGAAAAAAAGACUUGAACUGUUUGUCUAUGAUGACAUUAAAGAUACUCUGAAAUAAGAAAUGUAACAAAUGUUUGAAAAUCUCAAUUUUUCACGAAAAAGUUUCAUGAAUAUUGGCCGUUAUUAUAUACUAUUUAUACUGUACAUAUAUACAUGCACCUGAUUUGUAAAAUAAGUGACUGUAUAAAAUGUGCUUAUUUUAUUGAAUGAAAUCUAUGUUAUUCUAUAUGCCUGUCUUAUGAGCUUUUGCUUUCAGGGCAAACAUUAAGUAAAAGUUGUAACGCUGCUCGGGGUAACAAGUUGGAAACAAUUGUGUCUUGUUCUGAGAAAAUUGGGCUUAAUGCAUGUGCGUAAAGUGUCGUCCCAGAUUAGCCUGUGCAGUUCGCACAGGCUAAUCAGGGACAACACUUUGCGCCUUAUCCGUAUUUUUGUGUAGAAGAGACUUCCUUUAAACGAAAAAUACCAUAAAAGUGGACAGUGUCGUCCCUGAUUAGCCUGUGGGACGACACUUUACUCACAUGCAUUAAGCCCAAUUUUCUCAGAGCAAGACACAAUUCAUCUGCGCCACAGUAAUUUAGUAAAGCUUGAAUAGUCCUGAUCAGCUCAAGUACUACUAAAAUGUACCCUGGAUACUCUUAAGUUUACUUAAAUGUUCUCGUGAAUUGUAACAAUAAAUAGGUUUGGCUUUUUUUUCAAAUGAAUUAUGUUCAUAUUUAUGUAAAUAUUUAUAAAAUGGCCUCUUUAUCAUAGAAACUCGUAUUCAAAAAUGAAUAUUGAGGUAGGAUUUGUUCAAAGAGUUUUCUUUCGUAUUCCCUACCGCGUUUUACAACAUCGGAUUUUGGGAGGGAAUAAAACUUGCGUACAGUCUAAAUUUGCCGGGUACGUUUUAGUAUAUUUUCCAAACUUAGGGAAAAUUUAAUUAUACUUGAGAGUAACUGGGUUACAUUUAAAAAGUACCCAAGCUGACAAUGACCAAUCAAGCCACAGUAAAUACAGAAACUUCAGCAACAUUAUCAGUAGAGGAAUUCUUAUCAACACCCUCUAGUCUUGUGUUUAAGGCAAGGUACCAAUACAAUGUACAAUGCAAUAUUAUACAAACAACAUUUUGUGUCAAGAAUACUUACACAUUUGCACUUUGAGCAUGUAAAGAUUAUUGAACGUAGUUUGAGCAAUACACUUCUUUAAGAAUUUUAUUUAUGCUGGUAAUUUUAUGUAUUUGUACAUUACCUGGUUUUGUCAGUAUUCCUUAAGAAUGAAUCAAUGAAUUUAUUGAAUUUGCAUACAUCUUAAGUAUGACCUCUUAACAAUUUUAAUAGUGAAAACUUGGUUUGUCCAUAAUAAUUAAAUAUGCACUUUGGUAAAAAAACAUGAAGACCAUGGUUUUAAUAGCCUGUAUUGAAUAAUCUGUGUUUGAUGUUCAUGUUUUCAAGAUUACUGAUCCUUGUUAAACAUUGGAAAUACCCAAAAUAUAUAAUAAUUCUUUUUUAAGAUUUCUUAUUUUAUGCAAUUAGCUUAAAUGGUGUGCAGCUUGAUUUAAGCCAGUGUAAAUGAUGUUAUCUUGUGAACUUUGCCUUAUAUCUUGUCCUGUUACUUUCUUUAUGCUAAAAGACAAUCAUUAUGUAUUUUGUCCACUGCAAAAAACUGAAUCUUCAUAACAUACUAAGUGUGUGCUUAAAUUAUCAAAUGGUUAUUUGCUAUGGUAAAUACCAAUUCUGCUUAAGGAUAACAUUGGUAAAAUGAUACAGCUUGACACAACAUGUAGGAACAAUUUUUGCUCAGAAAUUUGCUAGUUAACAAUGCACACAAUUGAUAAAAUUGUUUUUUCUACAAGUUUUUUUAAAAAUAUGUUGAGUAUACAGAUUUGUUUAUGUAAAUAUUUUAAUACAUUGUACUUAUUCAAACUCAGUCAUGUCUGAGGAUCCUUAAUUGCUUUCAAAAGCUUCACGUGGGAAAAUUAUAGGGCCAAACUUUUGUUUAUUUUAUGCUCGCAAAUUUUAAAUAUUUUUUUAAUGAUUUUAUGCAUGUGACAUUCUUUUACAUUUCUAUCAUAAGCUGCAUUUCUAUGUUUUUAAGUGUAUAAAACAUUUCAAGCUGUAAGGUCAGACCUGGUUGCUGGACAAUUCUUAAGCCUGUUUUAUCUGGAUUGGCUUUAGCUCACCUGUUUCAUAUGGAAUAUCGUGUAGUUAUAUUAUUAAUUUUGAUACAACCACUCAAAUCUUUAAAUGAAAAGUGUAUAUGAAAUAAACGACAAAAUACUGCUUUGUAUAAAAACCUUUACUUUAACAAAGUAAUAUUAAUUACUUGAAUAAGGGACUUAAGGCAGUUAAUUUAAACCAGGCUUAAAAAUUAUGUUAGAAAUCAGGGCCUUGCGAUAACAUUUAACCCAGUGGUUCUAGAUGAAGUAUUCAAAACUGAUACUUUCUGAGCUUACUAUUGACCUGUAGUCAAUUGUAUAGAGACGGAUCACUUAACCCUGUCCCACUUAGAGGCAAAGUGAAAAUGGCUAUGUGCAAACAGCAUAAAACCAGAACAGCCUGCGAGUAACUCGCAGUCUGUUUAGGUUUUAUGCUGUUUGCUGCUCAUCAGUAUCUUAGAGUUGGAGAUGAAGCCUUAAAAACUUCAAUCUAGUAACAAAGGUCUUUUAUUACAUUAAACUUUCUAAGGGACUACAAAUGCGUAAUAAUACAUAUCUAAGUAGCAAAGGGUUAAGCCAAUCCAAAAUUCCAAUAAAGAUAACCUAAGUCAAUUACAGUACAGGCAACGAGUACUUUGACAAACGCCACUCGUUUUGGUGUUCAUUUUACUGUGUUCGCUUACCAAACGACCUCCGCGAUGUGUGUUCAGAUCAAAUAUUCGCGGGGGCCGUUUUCCAUAAGGUGGACACCGCAAAUCACCGCGGACCCAUAAUAUCUACGGCAGUGUUCAUCGUGUUCGCUAGAAAUAAAAUAAUUGAACAUAAACAUAGGUCGGUAGCAAUUUGCAGAAAGAAUCUACCGUGCAUUUGAAUGUUGCAGGUGUCAUUUGGUGUCUAAAAAAUUAACAACGAUUACAAACAAUCACAAUCGAUUACCGCAUACAUGCAAAAAUUCCCGUCUCUGUCCAUUACCCGAUAAUCCCGAGAUUUACGAUUUCAUGCAAAUUCUGGUCAAUGUUGACGAUAAAAGUGUGAUAAAAAUGCAAAAAUCACAAACGUUCGCCAUAUCUCUAAACUAUCAAAUGAAUUUCUGCAUAUGUUUCUAUUUAAAGAUUUGAUGAAAUAAGCGCCAAAUCAGAACAGGUGUAUUCCAACAUUCAUAAAUCACCUGACGCCUAGUGUGCGCGUUGUGUAGAGUUCAUGUUCUGUUACAAAUUGUAGCCACAAAUAAAUACAUGUAUAUAUGCCUAUGAUAUUUUCAUUUUCUUUGUUCUGAACCAUAAAUAGCGCGCGAAAAUUGGCGUGGGUGUAUUUAUUUUUGACACAAAAUCUUCGUAGCGCAGACAACAUUGGGAUCUUUUAAUUUCGAUUUAAAGUUUCGUAGUGAAUUUCUUCUCAAGUACCGGGGUAGCUCGCGAAUGAUUUGGAAUUGACAUUUCGUCUGAAUAAAAUAAAAAUCAAACACGCUGUAACACGCUAUAUUUAGAUUUCAUGCAACAUGUACAAGUCAUUUUCUGGAAAUCGGGAAAAAUUAAACCCAAUUUUGUGAAAACAAAAAGGGGAAUUGCAUUGAUUAACACCAUAAAAGUUAAUCGUAUUGAUUAUCUAAACGCUUAGUUUUAGUUUCCGACUUAACGUACUGCCCGAGUUAAAGUACACAUAAAAAAUGUGCACAUAAUAUCUACAUGUACAUGAAGUAUAUGAUUUUAUUUUGUACAUGUACAUGUACAUUUAAAACGUGUGAAUGACCCUCGCAGACAGGUGUUUACGGUGGCUGCGCAACAUCGCGGUGAUCACGGGUGUUCCGGUUAACGAUAGCGUGCAAUCACGGCGAUUUCGGGUGUUCGCCGAACACCGCGGUCAGUAGCGUGUCCACCCCCGCGAAAUGUCACCCAUCGGGAAAAUUGAACACCGCCGUCACGCGUUUUUGUCAAAGUACACAUUGCCUGUACUGUACCUUUGCUAACUUAUCCAAAUCUUAACCAAAACGUGCAACUUGUCUGAGAUCUAUUUUUUAUGCAAUCACCAACAAUUUUUUUUUUUUCCAUAAAAUUGAAGAUAACCAACAGUUAUCAGCUGAAUAGGAGAUAUCCAGAUUUAUACAAUUGGCUACAGGAACCAAAUUAAGAGUUUUAAAGUACUCAUUCAUGUAUAUAAUGCAAAGUUAUGUUCCUAAACUGAGUACAAACAAGUGGAAUAUGGUUCUAAUUUCUUUUGCACAAAGUAUAAUCAAGCUGUGGUUGAAUCAUAAUAAUGUUGAAAUUCAAUAAAAACUGCUUUAUUUGUCAUCAAAAUGUUGCCAUAAUGUAUUGCUUUGUCAGGUUUAAAACAUGAGACUAAAGUGCCCUCCCUUUUAUGGUAGUGAAAAUUAAAAAUUGAUGUAGUAGCAGACGAUUUGUCCUGUGGUUGUGAAAGAGUACAAAAUGCACUUCAAAAGGUGAGAAAAUGCCACGUAUUUUUGGAAUACAUGCAUGUACAGGUAUAUAGUUUACAUAUACUUCAGGCUGUUUAAAUUGAAGGCUUAAUUUUUCGCAAUAAAUUGUCCUGGUCCUAUUCCCAAAAAGUGAAAACAACAACACUAUAUAAUUCUCAUGUAUGGGCAGUUGAUUUCCCAAAAUGGCUACAUGUACAUGUAUAUAACUAUUACUUAAGUGGAUUUGUGAAUUUGUUUAGGAGUAUGCACUUGUUAUGUUUUGUAUUUAAAAGUUAUCUGUUUAGGACAUGUAUAUAUAUUAUCACUGGGAAGUGAGGAUAUUUAUGUUUGCCUUUGUUUUUAUGAACAGUAAAACAUGUAUGUAGUGGCAGGAAAGGAUUCUCAAUAUAUUUUGAAUAAAAUGCAAAAAAGUACUAAAGCUAAUGCUCUUGUAAGUGCAAAAUCUAUUUAUCUUAUUCCUAAUUUUCGGUUUUUUUUAUUUACAAAAAAGUUAAGCAAGUUUGUUAAUGUAUAGAAUUUCUUUUGAAUUAAUUUAAUUAAUAACAUGAAUGUGUGCAAAAUUAAUUUAUUUUAUUAUAGGAGAUAGCUAUUUAGGGAGGGCGUGACAUUGUCUUACAAAACGGGGUGUAAGCUGCAUAAUUAUGUAUUAUUUAGUAUGUUUAAUUAACACAUUACAAUAUGGUAGAUGUUAUGAUGUUUUAUAUUUAUCACUGGCUAAAAUGUUGUUUUGUUUUAUGAUAUGGGUUAGAAUCGUGUUUAUUUUUGACAUUUAGUCAACUUGUUAAAACUUGAUUGAUAUGUAAAAUAGUGUACAUACAUUUAUACAUGUACAUAAGUCACUUGUUAUCUGAUUGUAGAUAAUAGACUUAUACAGAUGUAUACGGAGUUGAUAGUAUUUUUGUUAAAGAUGAAUUGUUAAACUCGUUUUCAUAACUCACAUUAUACCUUGUUCCCCUGUUUGCAUCAUAUUUAUCAUUCUGAAUCAUGAAAUGCCAUUUUUUUGUCAAGAAAACCUUGAAAUGUAAGAAAUCAUGUUUCCCUUUAAUGCCAUUUUCGCUUAGAUUCUUAUUGCUUAACUUAUUUAAAUCGCUGUGACCAAACUGUACUUUGCCUUGAUGCACUGUUGACAUGCAAAUCUGAUGUUGCUUUUAUAUUUUAGUCAUUUUACAAUUUGUAUCAGUUUUCACGUAAUUGUUUUCCUGUCUUUUGUAAUUACUAAUUAAUUAAAAGGCUCCAGACUUGACACUAUUAAAAUUUGUUUUCAUAGUGUUUUAUGAGUAAAAUUAAGUUGCCCUCUCAUAAAUGAACGUGAUUUUUAAAAAAUAUGGACAACAUUCAUAAAUUAUGGUGAGAUUGGGUUCUGUGUUAGACUAACAGUGUUAAAUGCUCUGAUGUCUUUAGUGUUCAGAACAAUGUCUACCAUAUUUAUGCUUUAAAGGUUGUAUGUAAAUGGCAAAACGUUAUAGGACAAAAUUAUAUUUUUAACUAGGAAGUAUAAAACAUUUUAUAAAGUUACCAAUACAGAUUGCAGUGAAACAAAAAAAAAAUUAUUGUGCACAAAUACAUUUAAUUAUUUUUUGUUUUGAGACAUUUGGAAGUAGUGAAAUCGGCAUUGCAAAAAAAAGGUUAUUUUUCGAUGAUGGUGAAAAUAACAUUUUUUAAAUCUCAUGUAACACAAGUACAUAUGCACUGACUUGAUGGAAAUAAUUUCUCAAGCUGUUUCACUGAUGUAAAUGGGAGAUAACCAUGUAGCGAAAUAUUUGUGUUGAUAUUGACAAACAAAUACCGUUUGCAUAUAAUAUUUGUGAUAUGAAAGAGAUACUUUGCAAGAUAUUACAUGUAUUUUGUUCAUUCACCUUAUCUUCAUCACUGUCAUCAUCAUCAUUUACAUUGUUCAUCAUCAUCAUUACAAUCUAUAUAGCCUCAUGCGUAGUGUUUUAUAUGUAUACUAAAUAUACUAGACAAAUAACAUUUUAUGAUGUAUUAUAUGCCCAUAUACUGCGGGAAUAAUAUAAAGUAUUUUGUAUUUUCUCUGAUUUUUAACAUGAAAAUAAAAAUGAUUAUCAUA